AUGGACAAACCCAAGAACCCGCAGAAGCAGAGCCUGACGCAGAUCCCGGAGGCGCUCGACCCCGGCAUUACGUUGCCCUUGUACGAAGAGGAGUUGCACGCCAGCGACGCAGGGCAGCCGCAGAAGCUCGGGUCUUACCGAGUGCGUGCGGGUCGCUUUUCCAAUACGCUCAGCAACCUGCUGCCCAGCAUCAGCGCAAAGCUACACCACUCGCGCAAAACAACUUCGGGGUCGUCCAAGCACGCACCCGACGCGGCCGUAAGCGGCUCGUCCAGUGAGAGUACCAGCCGCAGCCAGGUCAGCCUGUCGGGCCAGAUCACGCCCCCGGCGAUCGCACCAGUCGCAUCCGUGGAGGUGCCCGCUGACGAGGCCUCCUUUUUUGCGCCACUCCCACCCCGCGACUCGGGCGACUCCUUUACCUUCGGGUCCGCGCUGCAUGGCGUGCCCUCCAACACCGUCUCGCGCACGCGCAAUAACACGGUCUCCUCACAGGUGACGUCUCUGUCGGGCAUGCCACAGACGGCCGGCAGCUUGUGGUCAACGAACACGUCGCCCAACGAGCCGCACGUCAUGACCUCUGCCACCGCUCUCAACGGGGUACCUUUCACCACCGCCAGCCCACUCAAUGAGUACUCUGGCAACGCGUAUUUCGACAUGCCCAGUGUCGCCACCGGCAACGGCAAUGGCGCCCCCACCGCCAACGCUAACGCGAGUAGCCUAACUGUCCCUGCCACUUCCAACGGCAACAUCUGGGGCUCCCGUCAGCGUUCGCACUCCAACGCAUCCAGCAUCUAUACGGACGCGCCCGUAUACGACAACAUGGGGGUCAACAGAUCAAGAGCCUCGACGUUCGGCCUCGGCCUUGAACAGCCCCAAUUUGUGCAUAACAAUGCUCCUCCUGCGAGACAGCACUCGCCUCCUACCCCCGCAGUUACAGACGACGUGGACCCUAGGUCCAUCAACUGGGUUACAACGGACCCUACAGUACCCGCCAUAAACCAAAUUUCAACGCUGCUUCCCACCAACACCGUGUCUAUAUCCAACGUGUACUCCUUGCAGCAGCAACAACCACAGCUUUCCAACGCUAUAAACCUGACUAGCACGAGCCUCGCGACGCUCUGCAUGAAGUUUGGGAACGUGAUUUCUGCGAGAACACUGAAGCGCAUUAACAUGGCGCUUGUAGAGUUCGACUCGGUUGAAUCUGCCAUGCGCGCGAAAGAAGCCCUGCAUGGCAAAGAAGUUUCUCUUGUGGGGGCCCCGAGCUGCGUGUCGUUCGCGAAGGUGCUGCCAAUGCAUCAGCAGUCCAUCACUUCUGCGCAACCACUCUCUUCUGCUGCGAGCAUCAACGGUCCACAAUCACUUCUUCAAGAGCAGUUGUAUAGCGGCGCUGUGACACUUCAACAGCAGGGAAACAUAUCCGUACCUGUUUUGAAUGGCGCGGCUAAUUCUCAACAGUCACAGCAACAGCAUCAGCAUCAACAACAACAACAACAACAACAACAACAACAACAACAACAACAACAACAACAGCAACAGCAACAGCAACAGCAACAGCAACAACAACAACAACAACAACAACAACAACAACAACAACAGCAACAGCAACAACAUGCCCACUCGCAUUCUCAUCAGCAGUCAUCAGGUUCCAACUUCAACCCCAGUUCCAACUCCAGCUCCAAUCAUAACAGUGGAAACCCAGGCGCACCAACGCAUGCUAGUUCAGAGAAAGAACACUGCCCUUUCCCACUGCCCCCUCCAAGUGUGUCCGAGUACAAACAGGCACUUGAAGAUACCGUCAAUUCUUUUGGCACUAGCCACGACUCGACUCAAACACAGCAUGUUGUGGAAAAUGCUAUCCAAUGUGGAGGUACAAGCGAUACUGCUGACUUUGGACCGCUGCCCGACCCUCUACCUAACAGGGAAUUUGAUGCGCCAAAGCUACGUGAAAUUCGCAAAGCUAUAGACGGUAAUAUGAUGUCUGAUCUGGAGAUCGAGCAGUUAGCUGUAGCUAUGCUUGACGAAUUGCCAGAGCUCUGCUCUGAUUACUUGGGUAACACAAUCGUGCAAAAACUCUUUGAACACUCUUCAACUGUUAUCAAGGACAUUAUGCUAAGACAAACCAACAAGUAUUUGACUUCGAUGGGUGUUCACAAGAAUGGAACUUGGGCCUGCCAGAAAAUCAUCACAAUGGCGGACACCCCUAGACAAAAGAUGCUGGUUGCUAAGGGCGUUGAAACCUACUGCACCCCGUUGUUUAAUGAUCAAUUCGGUAACUACGUGAUCCAAUGCGUCCUCAAGUUUGGCUUUCCUUGGAACAACUUUAUAUUUGAGCAUAUUGUCUCAAAUUUUUGGACAAUUGCACAAAAUAGAUAUGGCGCAAGGGCCGUUAGAGCCUGUUUGGAGGCACACGACAUUAUAACCAGAGAGCAGCUCCUCGUUCUAAGCGCUAUGAUUGUACUGUACACAGAAUAUCUGGCCACCAAUAGCAACGGGGCACUACUGGUCACCUGGUUCCUGGAUACCUGCACAUUGCCACACAGACAUUCCAUUCUUGCUUCAAAGCUCGUUUCAAACCUAGCCGAGCUAUGCUGUCACCGGCUUGCUUCGCUAACAGUGCUUAAAGUGUUGAACUAUAGAGGCGACGAAAAAGCAAAGCGCUUCAUUCUCGAAAGCAUUUUCGGGAAAAAAGACAGCGCAACGAUCCCGCAAGUUCUUUACCAAGUGCUGUGUGACAACAAUUAUGGUCCUACUUUUGUUUACAAGGUUUUGUCAAUGUCUCUGCUGGAGGGGGAAGUUAGAGUUCACGUCGUUCAACAAGUGCGCAAAGUCUUGAUGAAUAUCAGCACCACCCAGCUUCAUCGUCGGCUAAUGGAGGAGGUCGGUCUAGGUGGAGGCUCAUCCAGCUCGGCAACGUUGCUGAACGUCACUGGCAGUUCAAAGCACCGUUCUAGCUUGUCACAUGUUUUCAAUGUUGAUAAUAUGGGCCAUAUGAGAAACGUCUCUGCAGGAAGCGCUAUGAGCGCUGGCUCACGACCACGGGCACAGUCGAAUAGUGGAAUUCUCCCAAUACCGUUACCUGCGCCUAAUGGAGCAGGUAUUGUGGGAAGCAACGGACAGCCACCCACCCAGCAGCUGGCGGUUCCUAACGGAUACUAUAAUUACCCUGGUGUCUUCCCCGUCACUGGAAAUACUAGCCGGGGCUACUCAAUGACUGGUGACGAUUUAUCUUCCCAGUUUGAUAUGCUCAGUCUGCAAAAUAACACUCAAAUUUCCCUUCCCCAACUCAGCAUGAAUAACAGCAACCCCCAUUCCAAUGGAAAUCACAACAAUCACCUAAAACCAGGGAAUAGCAAUAACGGCUCAACAUAUGGAGCAUAUGGAUAUUAA